CUUUAUUUUUUUACGUUAGUUUGAUUUCCCGUUUUCAGCUGUGCGCUUUUGAUCAACAACAUGGCUGCGAGCAAAAAAACACACGAAACAAAAAAGCUAGAAACAUCGAGCUUUUUCAAGACGGUAGCGAUGAAUAUGACAAAAUUUAUUAACUUAAGCCGGAAGAAAUUGCCAGUUUAGCUGCUUGCUUUACGCACGAACUUGCCGCGAAAACCAGUGUGUUGACCUGAAACGCUGCAUGUUCCACGUGCUACAAAAUGUCAGGCUAUGUAGGGUUAAAACGCUUCUACUGAUUGGCCACUUUCAAACAGCUAUCGACGCGAGCUUUUAUACCGAGGAUUCUGAUUGGUUAAUUUCCGCUUGCUCAUUCCGAUCGGUAUUUUGGUUUAGUGUUUUGGAACGUCUCGCGUGGGCAAAUGGUGAUUGCUGGAUUUCCGCCUUUACCACUUAAAAACAUACUUUAAUUGGAACUAUAGCAUCGUUGGCUGUAGCUAUAACUUCAUUUGUAAGGUAAAAUAUGUCACAGAGCUCUUCUCAAGAGUCUCAGAUUCUGUCUCAAGGGACAUACGAGGUGCUGAGGUCUUUCGUCGCAGAGGCAGAGGGAGCGGAGUAUCAGUAUAAUGUAGCACCUUAUUCCGUGGAUUUGACCAGCUGCAAUGAGCAAGAAAACUUGGAAAUCAAUAUAGAAAAAGUUGCUCUGAUUCCCAGUGUAAGUGAUUUUUUGGAUUAUCAGGGGGUUAAUGGCUUUCAUACAGAACCAGUAGAGAGCAGUAGAGAGCAAUACCACCACCAUGUCCCAUCAGCAAUAACCCCUCCACCAGACUACCCAACAACCAAUCUAGUGCCAGCAAACACAGACUUCCCUGGAGAGUAUGGGUUUGAUGUUGGGUUUGAUAAGGAGAACGGACCAACCCCAAAAUCAGCUCCUUGGACAUAUUCUCAUCAGCUUCAAAAGCUGUUAUGUAGGAUGAAAUGUCUGGUCCCUGUUAGGCUGGUCUUCAGGUCAAAAGUUCCCCCUGAAGGCUUUUACAUUCGUGCUGUAGUAGUUUACAAGCAGCCAGAGCACUUUAGAGAAGUAGUUGAACGAUGUGCCAACCACAUCACAAGACAGGAUGAUGGACAUACUGCCCCUAAACAUCUGCUGAGAUGUGAAAACACGAAGACUCUGUAUCGCACUUGUAACUUGACAGGGAGGCAUGAGCUAAUGUUUCCUACACGCAAACCCGAUGCUGGCAUGGAUUACUUUAAGGACAUGUUCCAGUUUAUGUGUUUCAAUUCAUGCCCAGGAGGGCUUAACAGAAGACCCAUUAUUGUCAUCUUUACCCUGGAAUUAAGCGGGGUAGUGUAUGGCAGGAAGGUACUGGACGUUCGCGUUUGUGCCUGCCCAGGCCGUGACAAGGCAGACCAAGAAUCUUUGGAAACUAGAAAAAAGAAUAAGAUGAAAAAUUUGAACACUCCACCUCCUACCCCGGAUGAGAACAAGCCAUCCACCUCAGGAGAAACACCUGCAGGGAGCCAUAAUGGAGUCAAGGAGGAGCUUGAGUCAUCACACAAGAGUUCCUCAGACAAAAGAGAUAUCCGUCAGUGUACAAAAAAGGGGUUUGAAUUGGAACAUAUUUCAAAGAGGAUUAAGAGAGAGAAGGAGGACGAAGAAGAGUUCACCAUUACGGUUCGUGGAAGGGAUAACUAUGAAAUGUUGCUGAAAAUAAAAGAGAGCCUCGACCUUAUGAACAUGGUUCCUCAGUCAGUUGUUGACAACUAUAGAAAAACUUGCCCGCCAUGUGGACCCACGUGGUUCUUGGAUCAGCAAAAACCGAAACCCAUCCAGCAGGUGGAAUCAUCUACGGACUCGGAGCUUGAGUGUUCACCGCCGAACUCCUUGUCACAGCUUUCUAGAACAUCAUCAAACGCCUCCAGUCAGGGUCGCAGGGCGGCGGCCGAGUACUCUGCUGUACGAUUCUCUUUGAAGAGAACAGUGACCUACCCGCCCUCGAGACACUAAAUGCUACAGCGACUUACAGUACAUACAUGAACUCUUGGGAACCCUGUGAUCAGCCUGAAUGAGUUGAAUUCAUACGAUAAGGGAGACUGGAUCCCAUUGUGCAGUAUGGUUUUUAUGCAAGUACAAUAUUGUCGCUUAAACGUAACAGUAAAUUAACGAGGUGAAGUGACCUCAGUCUAAAGAUACUUCGAUAAUUACGCAAUGCAUCUUCCUUCUCUCACGCGCGGAUCCAGUCUUCUCAAGUUUCAGUCCAAAGCUCACUGCCUCUCGAGCCGUAUCUAUCGUUCCAUGACUAUUACUUAUCAAGUGAUUUUUCUAACGUUGUGUGAAUGCAACUUGUUUGAUGGCGUCGCUGUGGUUAUACCGGAGAAAUAUUUUUGAGUCACCUUAAUGCACGUUUUAGUGCCAGAAAAGUUCAGUUGUCUCAGUUCUUGUUCCAGUUCUAAUAUCAUGUUUACUGCUAAGUAUUAAACACUCUGAGGGGUACAGUGUCUUAUAAUAAGCAGUAUAAAAGUUGACGUCAAUGGAUUAUUAUUUUCAUUGUGAUAUGACGAUGCAUAGAAGAGGACAUACAAAAAUGCUCGUUUUAGUGCCCAGUUAAAAAUGCGUCGCCCGAAUUUACAAUAAAUGCUUCGUUCAAAUAAUCGCCCAUUCUUCCCUUUGGAUCACGGAUCCAACAAAAACGUGUCUCCAGCACGCUAAAACGAGCAUCUGCGAAUUAUGAUUAUAAUGGUUGUUGUUGUCUUACAUAAAUUUUUACAGUACAAAUUAAUGUUGACAUUACUCAAUACUUGUAAAUAGUUAUACAAAUUUGUUUUGUUGACAUUUUAGCCAUUCACUCUUACUCUACAAACUCAGCCGUAAGGGAAGGCUUUCCACGGACUAUUUUCUUCUUGCAAAUCCAAUUCAGAGAACUGGUUGAGGAAUAUUGAAAGGAGAAAGACUAUAGCCAAAUAUCUACUACUGUUAGUUUGAAGCAGGAACAGGAGAUAUUGCAAUUGUCAAUGUUCUACGAACUCUUACAAGCAUUUCCGACCGCUAAACCGCUUUCUGGCUUCCGUCAAGAAAACGCUUCAAAGGACGGAAACCCGAAGGCGAUUUAGCUGUUUGAACUCGUCGGCGAGAGUUCUUAGAAUAUUGAAAAAAUGAAUUCUCCAAUUUUGUAAAUAAUAUUCAAAUAAAACGUACAUAAAUUUU